AUGACUUUCUACUCCAACAGCGAUAUAGUCAAAUGCAGGGCCUUCUCCCUAUCUCUCAAAGACGAAGCCCUAGAAUGGUACUAUACUCUUCCUCCAAACUCUGUUGACAGUUUUUAUACUGUCACCACGCUCUUCAAGAGGCAAUUCUCUGCCAACCGGAGGGAAAGGGUGUCCGCUGCCGAACUCGUCAAUCUCAAACAAGGGAGAGACGAACCACUGAGGACAUUCAUGCGCAGAUACUCGGAGACUGCCAGGAGAGUGAAGGGUGUCUCCCAUGAAUUCAUUAUCAACAACCUCCCCAACUGCCUCAAGCUAGGAUUUGUCUCGGAAAAUCUAUAUGCCAAAUUGCCGAAAACUAUGGAAGAAUUAAAAGAAAAAAUGACCAAAUUCAUCAAAAUGGAGGACCAACGACAUUACCGGAAGAAGAUCGAAGCUCCGGUCACAGAUGCUAAACGUGAUGAUAGACGAACGGGAGACAGGGGUCGUAAUCAAAGGCCCCAUCGAAGAGAACUAAAAGCCCCGCUUGAUCCUCGAUAUGACCACUAUACACACCUUUCAGCUCCAAGGGAAAAGAGACAGGCCAACGGGGGGCGUUCCCCCAGAAAAUUUAAGAGAAGUCCAGAGCCUUCGCGUCGAAAACCCAAACGUCCUCGAGAACGUUCGAGAAGCAGAUCCAGAAAACGAGACACGACCCCAAAGGGCCGCAUUGACACCAUCUCAAGAGGCUUUGCCGGGGGAGGAGCCUCAUCUUCUGCUCGCAAGAGACACUUACGGAACUUGCGUAGCGUCCACACAAUAGCCUGGAACCCUUUGUCAAUGCCGGAAAUCACCUUUACCGACAGAGAUUUUCACGCCCCGGACCCGGAACAGGAUGAUCCUAUGGUCAUUACUGCCCGACUUGCGGAGUAUGAUGUGAGCAAAGUCCUAAUCGACCAAGGAAGUUCUGUCAACAUUCUAUACUGGACAACAUUCCAGAAGAUGGCCCUGGCAGAGGAGGCCAUAACACUCUUUCACGAGCAGAUUGUUGGUUUUGCAAGAGAACGCGUUGACACCCGAGGAUACCUCGACCUGAGAACCCGCCUGGGUACCGGUGACCAAUCCAGAGAAAUCCGUGUGCGCUUCUUGUUAGUAGAAGCCAAUACUUCAUACAAUGCUCUUCUCGGUCGUCCAUGCCUGAACGCCUUCGAAGCGAUUGUAUCCACUCCUCACUUGGUGAUGAAAUUUCCAUCCGGAAGGGGCGAAAUUUGCACCGUUCGAGCAGAUCAGAAAACCGCUCGGCAAUGUUACACCGCCUCCUUAAAAGCCACGACUUACAGGAAGGAGAGAAGACCUGAAACUAUUUUGGUCGACCUAGACCCGAGGACCAACACAGACGACCGGAUUCAACCCCAGGGAGAGAUCAAAUCGUUCGUCCUGGGGAAGAACGAUGAACAAAUUACUAACAUAGGAGCUGACCUCACUCCAAUGGAUGAAAGCAACCUCGCCACACUGUUACGAACCAGCAACAACCUCUUUGCAUGGAGCGCCUCAAAUAUGCCCGGCAUCCACCCCGACGUCAUCACUCACAAGUUAUCCAUAUUCCGAGAAGCUCGACCGAUUGCUCAGAAGAAGAGAAGGCUCGGCACUAAAAAAAGGGUGGCGGUACAAAAGGAAGUUGACAAGUUGAUCUCGGCCGGAUUCAUCCGCGAAAUAACAUACACCACUUGGUUGGCAAAUGUGGUCAUGGUUAAAAAAUCGAACGGUCAGUGGAGAAUGUGUGUAGAUUUCACCGAUCUAAACAAGGCCUGCCCCAAGGACAACUAUCCCCUCCCCAGCAUUGAUCGCCUGGUGGACGGCGCCUCCGGUCACAUGGUCCUCAGUUUCUUAGACGCGUACUCGGGGUAUAACCAAAUUUCAAUGUACGCCCCGGAUCGAGACAACACGACCUUCAUCACCGAGCAAGCUAACUAUUGUUACGAGCAACACUUACGAGAUCUCACCGAGGUCUUCCAGCAACUCAAAAGGUAUGGUUUACGCCUCAACCCGUCCAAAUGCACCUUCGGAGUAUCAGCAGGUAAAUUCCUUGGUUUUAUGCUAACAAGCCGUGGAAUCGAAGCCAACCCGGACAAAUUCCAAGCAAUCCUGGAAAUGAGAAGCCCAACCAAAUUGAAAGAAGUUCAAUGUCUAGUCGGACGCCUUACCGCUCUAUCACGGUUUAUACCGAGGCUUUCCGAGCAUAUCAAGCCUAUACUCAACAACAUGAAGAAAAACGUUCCUCGACAUUGGGAUGAUCACUGUGAAGCGGCCUUCUCCGCCGUAAAAAACAUAUUGACCAACCCGCCUAUCAUGAGCCGUCCGGAAGAGGGGUUCGACUUACAAUUAUAUCUGUCCGUGUCCGGUCAUUCGGUAAGUGCCGCCCUCAUACAGGAAACACCUGUAUUUAAACUCAUCUAUUUUGUUAGUAGAACCUUGCAGGGGGCCGAAAAACGAUAUUCACAAGUAGAGAAAGUGGCAUUGGCCUUGCUUACUGCAGCCCGGCGGCUUCGCCCAUACUUUCAAAGCCAUCAAGUUGUCGUUCGAAGCAAUCAUCCUGUCGCCAGGAUCCUCAGGAAACCAGACUUAGCUGGAAGGAUGGUUUCCUGGUCCAUUGAAUUAUCUGAAUUCGGCCUACGUUUCGAGCCACAAGGCUCCGUCAAAGGUCAACACUUGGCAGAUUUUGCAGCCGAGUUACCCCCGGCAACAGAACCGUCCGUGUGGAAUUUGAACGUUGACGGAUCUUCAAACAAACGAGGAGCAGGUGCCGGAAUAGUAUUGGAAGGACCGAACGGUCUUCUUAUCGAGCAAGCCAUAUCCUUCACGUUCCAGCUCAGUAACAAUCAAGCGGAGUGUGAAGCCCUCAUCAGCGGAUUACUCCUGGCGGCCGAACUAGACAUCCAACAUUUAGAAUGCAGAAUGGAUUCUCAAUUGGUUGUGGGGCACAUUAACGGCACUUUCCAGGUCAAAGACAACCAUCUGUUGCGAUACUAUCACAAAGUCAGCGACCUUAUUAAAGCGUUCGACACUUUCAAAAUUAUUCAUGUACCCAGGGAACAAAAUUCCCGAGCAGAUUUACUCUUCAAGCUAACACAUUGCCGAGGAAAUUCUCAGCUUACCUUAGUCAUCAAAACCAAGCUAGAACAACCCCUUUUGGAAACGUGCACCACCAGCGUUAUUCCUUCCACAACUGACUGGCGACAGGAUAUAAUACAGUUGAUAAUUCAGCAAGAGCAAGGCGCUCGGAUAAGUGCAGUCGAUUCUAAGCUAAUUGCUCGCUUCACAUUUAUAGGAGAUGAUCUUUAUCGACGCGGAUACACUACGCCUCUGUUGAAGUGUUUAUUCGGCGAAGAAGCCAAGUACGUCAUGCAAGAACUACAUCAUGGAAUUUGCGGCUCUCACACAGGAAAGAGAACACUUAGAGCCAAGAUAUUACGAGCAGGUUUUUACUGGCCCACAAUUGAGCAAGAUUGCAAGGAGUUUGUUCAAAAAUGCAUUUCCUGCCAAUCCUACGGUUAUGAUACUCGGAUCCCUUCAUCCGAAUUGAUGGCCAUCAUAUCCCCGUGGCCAUUCGCACAAUGGGGGAUGGAUAUAGCUGGACCCCUACCGCUCGCAAAAGGCCAAUGCAAAUACCUUUUGGUGGCAAUCGAUUACUUUACCAAGUGGAUCGAAACAGAGGCCCUUGCAACAAUCAGUGCCCGGAAAGUACAAAGUUUCAUCUGGCACCUAAUUUGCCGAUUCGGCAUACCACAGAAGAUCAUUACUGACAACGGUCGGCAAUUUAUCGACCGUACGUUAGAAGAUUUCCUCAAAGGACUUGGUAUCAAACAUGUUACAAGUUCUGUAGAACACCCUCAAACCAACGGGCAGGCCGAGGCUGCAAACAAGGCCAUCAUCUCCGAGUUAAAGAAACGCUUAGGACAAGCUAAAGGCUUGUGGGUCGAAGAGCUGCCUGAAGUACUUUGGGCCUACCGGUGCACACCACACGGAUCAACAGGUGAGACCCCGUUCAACCUCACGUACGACACAGAUGCCAUGUUACCGGUCGAAAUAGGAGAACCAUCUCUCCGACGGCAUAUACAAGAUAUGACUCUCAAUGAAGAACAACUACGGAUGAACCUUGAUACCCUGCCCGAACGGCGCGAAAUUGCGUUAAUCAAGAAUGAAGCACAGAAGCGACUGAUAACCAGACGAUACAAUACCAAAGUCAGGCCUUGA